GACAGACACUCCCAUGAACGGGUGUGUAUAAAAAGAGGGAUCAGUGGAAAUUACCUUUACUAAAAGAGCAGUUCAUCCAAGAAACUUUUUGGUUUUAUUAACAGGUAGGAGAGAUCAUUUUAUUUAAAUGGCAAAUGUAAGAUUGGAUGUUAUAUCUUUUUUUGCCGUACCAGUAUCUGCACUAUUCUCUCCAUGACAGGGUUCUUCUGCUUUCCAGAGUGAAAAUGUUGGAUUAUGAAGUGACCGUGACCACUGGAUAUCUCGCUGGUGCCACCACCUUUAACAAUGUCUUCAUUAAGCUGGUGGGCUCGGAUGGGGAGAGCGAACGAACGUGGCUCUUUGGCUUCAAGGGGCCUUUAGCCUUCAUCACAGGAUCAGAGUCUAGUUUUACCGUGUCCUGCCCUGCCUCAAUUGGAAAGCUGGUCCUGAUAGAGAUAAACAAAAAGCGUAUUCCACUGUUCCCAGAAGACGAUUGGUUCCCUGCCAAGGUGGAAGUGAAAUCCCCUGAGGGAAACACCUACAGCUUCCCCAUCUACCGCUGGAUCUCUGACAGCGAGGUGCACCGCUUCAGAGAGGGAACAGCUCUGAGAGUCUUUGAAGACGACCAUCAUCUUGGCAGGUACAAUCGAGAGCAGGAGCUGAUCCAGCGAGAGAAAGACUAUCGCUGGGAUGUGUAUGCUGAGGGAAUACCUCACAUCAUGAAGGCAGAUGAUCCUCUUUCUCUGCCCUCCGAGGUCCGCUUCUCCUUCACCAAGGCCACCGAGUUUCGCUUUACUGCUCUCACUGCGCUGGCUGAGCUGAAACUGAAAGGACUGGCUGAUUCCAAGGAGAUCUGGUCUGAUAUUGAUUCUAUCGAUCAGGUGUUCAGCUACAAACGGACUGACAUAUCAGAAUAUGUUGAGGACCAUUGGAAGGAAGAUGCAUUUUUUGGCUACCAGUUUCUAAACGGAGUCAACCCCAUGAUGAUCCGACGCUGUUCAGCUCUGCCCGAUAACUUCCCUGUCACUGAUGAGAUGGUCUUCCUCCAUGGUCAGAGUAGCUUGGCAGAUGAAAUGGAGAAAGGAAACAUCUUCCUGUGUGACUACAAGCAUUUGGAUGGACUGAAAGCAAACACCAUCAAUGGGAAGAAGCAGUACUUGAUGGCUCCUCUUGUCCUGCUCCACAAAACACCUGACGAUAAGCUGAUGCCAGUUGCUAUUCAGCUGAAGCAGACUCCAGCAGAUGACAAUCCCAUCUUCUUGCCUACUGAUUCUGAGUACGACUGGCUGCUGGCCAAGAUUUUUGUGAGAAGUGCAGAUUUCAACGAGCAUCAACUCAACGUUCACCUGCUGCGCACUCAUCUGCUUGCUGAGGUGUUUGCAGUGUCGCUGCUGCGCAACCUGCCCAUGGUGCACCCACUGUACAAGCUCCUCGUACCUCACACUCGCUACACUCUGCAGAUCAACUAUUUAGCUCGAGUUCGUCUGAUAUCUGAGACUGGAGCUUUCGCUAAGUUUGCAGCCUCUGGUGGAGAGGGUAUGAUCACACUCCUGCAGAGAUCUCUGUCUUCAGUGACCUACAGCUCUCUCUGCAUACCAGAAAACAUUGUUGAGCGUGGGCUGGAGGAUGUGCCGAACUUCUACUACAGAGAUGAUGGACUCAGGCUUUGGGAUAUCAUCUACAGGUUUGUGCAGGAUGUGCUCAGGUUCUACUACAAGAGUGACGUUGAGGUCCAGAAAGAUUCUGAACUGCAGAAGUGGAUUUCUGACAUUUUCGAACAUGGAUUCCUUUCCCAAGCAAGCACAGGAAUUCCUCAGAGUUUUACCACCGUGGCUGAGUUGGUCAAGUUUGUCACCAUGGUGAUCUUCACUGGCUCAGCACAGCACUCAGCUGUGAACACCGGACAGUAUGACUAUGGUGGCUGGAUGCCCAACACUCCCAUCUCCCUGCAACUUCCUCCACCAACCACAAAGGGAACAACAAGUGAGGCUACGAUGCUGGAGACGUUCCCUGAUGUCAAUGCAACAGUUCGGGGAAUGUCCACCAUGUGGCUUCUCAGCCGUGAGUCCUCUGACUCUGUGGCUCUCGGCCAGUUCCCAGAGGACCAUUUCAGUGAGGAGGUUCCCUGCAAGCUGAUAAAGGCUUUUCAAGGAGAGCUUCAAGUGUUAAGUGCAGUCAUCAAUGCCAGAAACAAAAGUCUGGAGGUCCCAUACACAUACAUGGAUCCAGCAAAUGUAGAAAAUAGUGUGGACAUUUGAACAUCAAAGGGUGUGACCUCCUCAGCUGCCUCUAUAUUAACCAACAUGAGAAAGAGAAGAAGUGCAUGUUUUUAACCGAUACUGUAGUGAAAAGAAACUACUACUUUGGUGAAAAUGUGCUGUUUUAUAUUAUUAUUGCAUUGAAGUAUAAUCUGUGUCCAAUACAGGCAGUAUUGGAUGAAACGUGGUACUGCAUAAGAGCCUAAAAAUAUUUUUGUAUUGUAUUGUUUGUCAUGUCCAGAAAAAAAUUGUUAAUUAAUUUAAUUCUGUCUCGUGUCUAUGUUGUCUUGUGAUUUCCUGUUUUAUUUUGGUUCCACUUCCUGUCCGAGUCCAUUGUUCCCAGUUUUACUUUCUCCCUGUUUUCCGGCCUUUAGGAUUACCUGUCACCGCCCUGACUGUUUCCACCUUUUCCCUUACCUGUGUAUAUAUAGUCUGUGUCUCCCUUUGUUUUGUGCCAGUUCAUCUUGUCCCAUGUCAGAGAACCAGCGCAUUGUCCAUUUCAUUGUCAGGUCUUGUUGCUUUGUUACUUUGUUUUCUAGAGUGAUUUUCAGUUUGUUUUCUUAGUAUAGUCUCGUAAGAGUGAUUUUCUGUUUGUUUCCUUAUUCGUAGUUUAGCCUCUGUAAAGAGUGAUUUUUAUUUUGUUCAAUAAAACUUUAUUUUGAAACUUUAGUCUGUAGACCUGUGCAUUUGGGUUCGGGUCCAUGGUUCGGUCAUGACAUUGUUUUGCAUGGAUAAUACAACACAAUUUUGUUGUGCUAAAAAACACCAUUAUUGUUUUUAUUUGAAUUAUUAUUUUAUUUUGUUUCAUUUUCAAUGCAAACACUGGAUCAGGAGGCUCCAAUCAUAUUUAAGGGUGGAGCACACCCCUGCCCUACAUAAUUAUCCAAUGAAUGUUUAAUGCAUCUCAUCAAAAUAAAUUACAGAUGUAAAUGUGUCUUAUGAACACAUGAAUCUUUCAUGAAGGAAAUGUGACUUUUCUUUUUUGUAUGCUCCAGCUGACCUAUUGUUUAUGCCUUUCUGCCUCAAAACAAGAAUGACAAUUAGUAUUGUUAUUAUUGUCAUGUUGAUUUUAAUAAAACCGUCUGAUAAAGCUGGAUAAA